UUCUGUGACCGUUGCCAUUUAGCUAGCGUGCACGUUUGCAGGUUGAAGGAUUGCACACGAAACAGUGUAACCAAAGCUGCAAAAUGACCGCUGAAAUGAUUAUGGGCAACGAGUAUGUCCUCCCCUUCAGAAACUACAAGGACUGAGUAGAAACCGCUACGCGCCCUAAGAUUCGAUCAGGAUGGCCUGUCGGCCACAGGGCUUAGGCUUCUUGCCAGUCAGCAUGUUCCUGUUGCUCGUCAUCACCAUCGGAAUCUCUUAUCUCAUAGCUGUGCUGAGGGGCGACGUCCCAGUGGUGUUUCCAUACAUCAGCGAUACGGGCGCAAAGCCCCCGGAGAGUUGCGUUUUUGCCCAGUUUGUCAAUCUCUCUGCCUUGGUCUUACUGGCGCUGGUGUUUGUCCGCUAUAAAGAGCUGGACACGAUCGAGGGGUUGCCGCCACGGAGCAUCGGGUGCCUGAACAAAGCCAGCUUGUUCCUGGGGCUGGCUGGGACAUUCGGUCUCAGUCUCGUCGGCAACUUCCAGGAUGUCAACGUCAUUGUUGUCCAUGAAAUUGGAGCAUUAACGCUGUUCCUCUGCGGCACCAUUUAUGCCAUCAUCCACGUGCGCAUCUCGUAUCUGCUCUACCCGGAGUAUUGUCGCCUUCUCGUCUGCCGACUGCGUCUCCUCCUUUCGCUCAUGAUGCUGGUCUCCUUGGUAACCUGCGUUACGUUUGAAGGCGUUGCGGAAUACAAGUGGAUGCAUCACCACAACCGGACAGACACACAGCAACUCUGGAAGCCAACAGACGGGGGUUACGCCUUCCACAUAGUGAGUACAUCCUUUGAAUGGGCUUUGGCCAUCUCCUUCGGUCUCUACUGCCUGACCUUCUUUGGGGAAUUCAGGAAGGUCUCGAUGCAACUCAACAUGUUCCUGCAUGUGGAGCCCUUCGCGGUGACCCCAGUCGCCAGCAACGAGGAAGAGCCCAAUGAGUACACCAAACUGUAUGCGUAGGAGGUCAGGGGCCAGAGGUCAGGCAGGGGGUCAAGGACCUAGGUGCUUGAGAAGGGAAGCCAAUACUCAUAAGUUGGAACUAAUACAAUUGGAAGUUCUGUGCGUUCGCACCUUGUAUCUAGGGCUAGGACUUUGCUAGCAGCGAAUAUUCCCAAGCAUAUGUAGACGGGUAGACAAGGGUCAGCAUUCGUUAAUGUAAGUCAGAGGCUGGAGGUCAUUCAGGGUCAACGCUCACCUCAUGUUGGGUCAGGGGUAAAGGUUAAGGUCAAGACUCUAUGAUGGAUGCAUCAAAGUUUGGUAAAUCUUAGGUUUUGUUUUGAUAAAUUCUAUUCAAUCCUUAAUCCUCCAACAGUUGGAGAAAUUGGGUAUUAAUUUUUGCAGUGUUGCUGCUGGCUAAAUUUAAGAUUAUCAGCAGUUUUGCUACUCUUAAUUGGAUGGCGAUUUGUGUUUUUAAUGUAUGUUUGUACUUCUUGAGGCUUGACUUUUUGUGGUAAAUUCCCCAAACCCUGUCCCUGCCAGGGUCAGGGAAAGUAGAGGCCCGACUGCCGUCAACCAUGGAGCUUUACAUCAUCAAUUACAGCAAAUGUACAAAGUCGGAAGUACCAGCAGUAAUUCUAUGACAGCUACGUCUGUUGAUAUUGGGAUAUUAUUUUGGAAUAGCUAUUAGCCUAUAAAGUAAACAGAAUUUGGGUGUUUUUUUUUCAGAUUAUGAGAAGAGAAGAUCUCUUGCCGUCAUUGUGUGCAAGCUAGGGACAGUGCUUUCAGUCACAACCCAGUUUGCAAGACUUGCCUUUUGUAAUCUUCAUUUGUGUCUUGAAGUGUUUCUUUGCGACGUGUGACCCUGUCGAAAUGAGCAGGACAAGAACGCAUGGUUGAGCCUAAAUCAUAUUUGCAAGGGGACCUAGGGAACAAGGUCUUGGAAUCCAGACUAUGCGCAGGUUAUUAUUUACUGUAAGCAAAAGUUAAAUGGCCAAACUGUCUGUGUAUAUUCUAAAUUUGCUAAGCAAAUAAAGCCAUAUUGCAUGUUUAAGCGUAGAAGCUCUGAAAUCUGGUGCUUGCCAGAUGUCGUCCUAGCAAUAUCAAAGUGUCCACUGAAAUUUCUUUUAACUUUUACAAAGUGUUAGCUUUCAUUAUUAGUUGUCUCGUCAUACUUGGCAUGAUCACUAUUUCCAAAGAAUUAUUUUGUUAAUAAUAUUGUUUCUUUGCUGAUAGUUUCAAGGUAUGUCUUCUGAUUGGAAACCGUAAGAGACACUUUAUUUGGGUUUUAGAUAACACCAAAGGUGUGUACAGUUGUUAGAAGUAGAAUUGGGGAGUUUCUUAGUAAGUUUAUCCAAAAAGUCUGAAAUCGUAAAAUAUUGCCUCUUUCUGUGUAGUAGAUCGUACUUGCAGUAAGAUGUAUUAGCCAAAGAGAAAAACUUGUCAUUUAUAUUUGUUAUGAGCAAGAUUGUCGCAGGUUUUAAAUGUCUUGUGUAAAAGGGGAGAGGUGUUAUAAUAAGAUGGGUGGAGCCUCUCCAGAGAGAGAGAUUGGUGGAUUUUGCUGAAGAGAGGUCUCCCUUUGAUGCUGAAUUAAACUGUGGAGCACAGUUCCCAGA